UGUCACGACGCAUCUCCUUUGUCUGAACGUGUGUAUUGUUCACUUUCCACAUUCACAAUAAAGAGCAUUGUGAUGAGUCGCGGGCGCAUCUGUCACAUAACAAUACCAUUAUGCAGCCGUGUAUUUACAAAUUAGCGUAUACGCAGUCGAGCCGAGCGGAGUAAUUAUUUACCAAGCAGAGACAAAGGCUUCUGAUAGUGACGAUUCAAGGCGCCGGCGCAUUCGUUCGCGCGACGUAACGCACAUAGCACGCGCGUUUGUUAUAUGUAAUAAAUACGAAAAUGAUGCUCGCCGGAGCUGAGAUUGUGGAGAAUCAAAGUGUUAUAUAUAAGGCUGAUGGGGAACGCAGUAUGGAAGCAAUGGAGCGGUCGUCGUUAAGUGCGCCGUCGAUUCCGUCCCAGUCUGCGUCGUCUAAAGCUCCAAGUCCUUCCCAGGAGCUACAGGCGCAAGGGUUAUCCCGCGUUCCCAACAGAGACCCAGUGGACAUACAGUUCAGUAACAUCACGUGUACUGUCAGCCUCGGAAUUAAUAAGGGUACAAAACAGAUCCUACACAGUGUAAAUGGCAGACUCCGACCUCGCCAGCUUAUUGCCAUCAUGGGCCCGUCAGGCGCUGGCAAAUCCACACUGCUCGACGUUCUGUCUGGAUACCGGAUAACCGGCGUCGGUGGAGCCAUCUUUAUCAAUGGAAGAGGAAGAAUUAUGAAACGUUUCAAGAAAAUGUCCUGCUAUAUUCAACAAGAUGACAGACUGCAGGGCUUACUCACAGUAGGAGAAAACAUGGCUCUAGCGGCUGAUCUUAAAUUACCCACCAAACUAGACAAGUACGAAAAGGGAGAAGUUAUAGAAGAUAUUCUCACAAAUCUGGGUCUAUACGAGCACAUGAAUACCAGAGGGUCCCAACUCUCCGGAGGGCAACGGAAGAGAUUGUCCAUCGCUUUGGAACUCAUUAACAACCCCCUAGUCAUGUUCUUGGAUGAACCAACCACAGGUCUGGACAGUUCAUCCUGCUCGCAAGUAGUACAGCUAUGUCAAAACCUUGCACACCAAGGCAGGACUAUAGUGUGUACAGUGCAUCAACCUUCGGCUUCCCUAUUCGCUCUAUUCGACCACGUGUACGUGCUAGCUGCUGGUCAUUGUCUCUAUCAGGGCACUACGAAGAAUCUAGUACCAUAUCUUGAGGAAGCUGGUAUACCUUGUCCUUUGUAUCACAAUCCCGCUGAUUAUAUAAUCGAAUUGGCAUCAGGCGAAUAUGGAGAGGACAAAAUAGAAAUCUUGACAAAUAAAGCUGAAAAUGGCAAAGCACAUAACUGGUUCGAAGAUCCAGAAUCGAUACCAACAAUGGAACAUCUUAGGAGAUUAUAUCCACUAAGUGCUAUGAAGGAAUUAGAUUCUGGAUCUGGGUCUGAAGAGACCUCGCAGGCUAACCAAAGAUCUGUUCUUAUAAAGAGAGGAUUUAUGAAGGCAAAGCGGGAUGCUACUCUCACCCAUCUACGUUUAAUGGUAAACGUGGUGGUCGGUAUCAUGUUGGGAACAUUAUUUAUCAACGCUGGCAACGAGGGAUCCCGCGUUCUGGAUAAUUAUAACUUGCUAUUCGCCAUUUUGAUGCACCAUAUGAUGUCGCCUAUGAUGCUUACCAUUCUUACUUUUCCAUCAGAAAUGUCAAUAUUACUCAAAGAACAUUUCAAUAGAUGGUACUCGUUGGGAUCAUAUUACAUAUCCGUUACAAUUGUGGAUUUACCGAUAUCAAUAGUAUCAUGUGCGGUGUUCAGCGUGAUAGUAUACACGAUGUCGUCCCAGCCCCUGGACCUGGCGCGGUUCGCUAUGUUCUUCACAAUUUCACUGUAUACCGUGCUCGUGGCACAGAGCUUCGGCUUGAUGGUCGGCGCCGUGUUUAAUGUUGUCAACGGCACAUUCCUGGGUCCAACUCUCUCUGUACCUAUGAUGAUGUUUGCGGGUUUCGGUGUGAGGUUACGCGACCUCCCCCCCUAUUUGUACUGGGGUUCAUAUGUAUCAUACUUACGAUAUGGGCUGGAGGGCUAUAUUGGCGCUAUCUAUGGCCUAGAUAGACCAACUUUGGAAUGCAAUGAAGCCCUCUAUUGUCAUUAUAAGCAUCCCAAAGUAUUCCUCAACGACGUUGCAAUGAACCCGAACAUGUUCUGGUGGGACGUGCUCGCGCUCACUGUUACACUGUUUCUGCUGAGAACUGUCGCUUUCUUCCUCCUCAAAUGGAAACUACAUGCUGUCCGAUAGAUUAUCUGGGGAAUUGUAUUGGUCGUUAGCAUGAGUCUUUGAUUUUUCAAGUACUUUAAGCCGGUUUCAUUACGUCUGGAUAGGUUUAGCUUACUGUCAGUUAUAACAACAUCAGUUAAAACACAAAAUGUAUGAAAAUACACGUUAAAAGUGCCAAAUAAUAUAAAAGGGACACUAGUGAUGUGAAUUGAUGGGUAUAUGAAAAAACAAUAGUUUACACUAAAUAUUACGAAUAUUGAAGAACAAAGCGAAAAAUUUGAGCGUAGCUUAUUUUAAAAUGAAAACGCGUUUUUCUUUUGUUUUAUAGUUUAUAUAAUACAUUUAAACGAUGCAAAAUUGAAUGUUAAUUUAUAAAGUGUUUUGUUGUCUUAUCUGGAAUAAUUAUAUAGUAAUUUAUGUAUCAAAAGUAUUUAUUCGUCUCAUAUUUUAAAAGACUCAUCCCGGCGACCACGCGUUUAUAACAGACAAGCUUUAAUACAUUCGUACCUAUUAGGAUAAGCAAAAAGUUCCCACAUUUGACUUUCACAAAAAUUGAGAAUCGCGUUUUAAUAUGAAAUUUAUUAUCGAAAUUGGUUGCUAAAGCUAACUGCCAUCUAAGGCUGUGUUAUAAAUACUGAAAUACUAACCGUUUUUUACAAAAUUUUAUCCAAUGUUAAAGAAUAAAUAAGGGACCAAAAGUUAAUCACUCAUCCAAAUAUUCUAUUCUAGUUUAAUUUUCUUGCCCUUAUAUCUUUAUUGUUAACGAAAGUGCUGAAAGGAUAGUCAUUAGUAGUAAUUAUUUAGAUAAAUAUUCAUGGUAGCAAUAAAAUCCAUAUUUUAUAUGUGAUAUUAAAUCAUUGAAUAAUGGUUUAAGAUGAAUG